AUGACUUCCACCUUCUACGGCCAAUGGUUCCACGAAGCCAACGCACCCGGCGUAGUCCACUGUUUCUCCACGAAGAAGCGCUUGUUUAGUGGCCAAUCUGAUUUCCAGACAGUCGACAUUAUUGAAUCAGAAGCGUACGGGAAGAUGUUGUUGUUAGACGAUCAGGUGCAGAGUGCCAAGAAUGAUGAGCACAUGUACCACGAGAGCUUAGUGCAGCCGGCUAUGCUCUCCCAUCCUAAUCCCAAGAAUGUAUACAUUGGAGGUGGCGGCGAAGGCGCAACCGCACGUGAGGUGCUACGACACCCAUCGGUUGAGAAGUGUGUGAUGGCUGAUAUCGACCCCAUUGUGUGCAAGAUGUGUGAGGAGCAGAUGGAAGAGUGGCACGAGGGUGCGUACACGGACCCUCGCUUCGAGCUGGUGGUCGACGAUGCGAAGGCCACGCUGGAGAAGUACGAGGACGGACACUUUGACGUGAUUAUCCUGGACCUGUCCGAUCCAUUGGAAUACGGGCCUUGCUACACGUUGUACUCGAAGGAGUUCUACAACAUGUGCUACCGCAAGCUAUCGCCCGGGGGAGUGUUUGUGACUCAGUCCGGCCCCGCGUCCCUGUUGGUGUGCAAGGAUGUGUACACACCCGUGUACAACACUUUGAAGUCGUCAGACUUUGACACUGCGUAUGCGUACCAGACACACAUCCCGUCAUUCGCACACUCGUGGGGCUUCAACAUGGCCACCAAGACAGACAUGAGCGCUGAGGGUACGUGUCUACCCGCCAGUCGCCUGCAAACUUGCUCGCCAGCCGAGAUUGAUGCUGUGGUAGAUGCGCGUCUGGGCGCGGAUACGCUCAAGCACUACGACGGAGUGGCACACCUGGGCAUGUUCAAUCUGUCCAAGAGUAUCCGCACGCUACUGAAUGCGGAGGAGCGUGUGAUUAGCGAGAAGACCCCCAUCUAUGUCAGUUACUGCGACAACACGGCUGUGGCCGAGGCUACUGCGGACGAGUAG